AUGCCUUCACCGACAGACCAGAAUCAUACAAAUCUUAAUCCCUUAAAUAAAGAUUCUUCUGAUGCACCUAAAGAGGGUUCAAUCGACGAUAAGACCACCGUAGAUGAUACGUGUGAUGUCACUCGUAACGAAUCCGAUGCGGGCGUGAGCACAAGCUCUUCCCCGUCGCAAGUGACUACGUCAUUUUUCUCUGAUGGAACCAUGCGUGUUACUACCGCUUCUUCCGCUCCUGCCGUUUCUUCAUCAAACGAUCCCCAAAAUUCUACUCCAAAUUCUACUACUCCUUCUGUUCAAAAAUCUCCUCAAAAAUCAUCAAAACAAUCAUCUUCUAAUAGACCCGUUAGAAAAACGAGAGGUGCUCCUAAAACGAUCAACGUCGCUUCGAAUACUCCGAAUUUGCCCGAUUCUUCGGUUGAUAAGAAGGAUUCUACUUCCGUUUCAUCUGCGAAUGUCUCGAAUCCUGCUGCAUCUGCUACACCUGCACGAUCUUUACAACCAAUAAUACCCGCCUCCGGUUCAUCAUCCUUACAAGCCAAUUUUCCUCGUCGCGGUUUACCUCAAAAAGAUGUAACUCGUGCGAACAUUGCUGAUCGCUAUUUAGAAUUUAUUCUUUAUUGUAAUCCUUCUGCUCCUUCCGAUUUGGAUGUAUCAUCUCUCCUCCGUUCUUUCAAUUCCGUUCCUAAAUCUGAUGGUAAAACUUUUGAUACUUGGGUUCUUUUUCAACUUGUCUCUAAACAUCAUUCGGGUGAAAUAAAGACUUGGACAAAAUUGGCUCAGCAGUUGGGUGUUGAACGUACUAACGAAUCGAGUCCUCAAAAAAUUCAACAAUACGCUGUAAGACUAAAGAAAUGGAUGCGUUCUAUUCAUGUCGAUGCUUUCUUUGAUUAUAUUUUAUCAAAAUCUAAUGAAUAUUAUGAGGAUCCUUACAAGAAUCCAACAGGUGCUGACGCUGGUAGUGGUGCUGAUGAUGAUGAUAGUGAUUUAGUUUUAAAAUUAAUUAGACGUGCUAGUACUACUAAUUAUUCUGAUGGUAGCGAAGAGGAAGAAGAUGAACUCGAAGAUGAUGAAAGAGAUGCCUGGGAAGAUAUUAAUGACUCUAUGCAAAUUGAUGAUUCUGGUAAGCGAAAAAAGGUUAAUUCUCAGUUCAAUUCUCAAGAUAAAUUACCAAAACUUGGUAAACCGAAAAAUGGCCAUAUUCCAACUCCUGGUCCUUCUCCUACCACAAUGCCAGACAUGAAACUUCAUCAUAAUUCAAGUGAUACAAGUCAUUUUCGUGUCGUACCUUCUGGUGGUCCUGCUACUCAAUUACGAUGGCGAAGUAUUUCUGUUGGUGGUGGUCCUAUAUCUACUCAAUCUAAUGAUAUUGUAUCAUCUCAACAAUUAUCUUCCCCUGUCACAUCAACAACUUCACCUCCUCACAAAGGUAUUACCUCAAGACGAAAACACAACUCCGAUCCUUCCAAUUUAGGUUUCGAUAGUUUCCGACUUUCAAAUAAACGUGGUCAACAAAAACUCGAUAGAUCACAAUCUCCGAAUGCCAAUUGGCCAUGGUCACCUCAAAAUAAUAAUCUAUCAAAUGGUAAUCCCGGUGGUCAAGAUAAUAGUAAUCCCGGUUUUUCUUUUUCUGAACUUCUCCUACCUCCUACUACUGUAUCAAGUGAUCCUAAAGAAACCAUCAGUCUAUUUCAAGAAAGAUUGGUUAAGGCUGUUGGAAUGUUGGAAGAUAGUCAACGUAAAAUUGAUAUGUUAGAAAAUGUUGUUCGGCAAAGAGAGGAUGAAGUUAGAAAAAGAGUUGUCAGACGUAUUAAAGAUGAUGUGGCGGGUGUACUUCAACGAUAUGAAUGA